AUGGGCUCUGCCAACCCUGGUACCAAGAUCCUGCUCUUGGGAGAGAUUGACUUUGCGCAUAAAGCUUGGAACGCUCUCAGCGAAGUCGGAGAAUUGGUCAAUUGCACCGCAACCAACCGAACCGAGUUCCUCCAAGAAUGCCGCGCUGGAAAGUAUGAUGGCGUCAUUGCUGUUUAUCGAACCUUUCAUUCCAUCAGUAUCACUGGAUUGAUUGAUGAGGAGCUUGUCAACGCCCUUCCAAGCUCUUUGAAAUACAUUGCUUCUUGUGGAGCUGGUUAUGACCAGAUUGAUGUUCACGCGUGUAGCACACGUAACCCAAUUAUUCGGGUUUCCAAUGUCCCCACAGCUGUGGACGAUGCCACUGCUGAUGUGAGUAUGUUCCUCAUCCUUGGUGCUUUACGAAACUUCAAUUCUGGUAUGCAUGCCCUGCGUCAAGGGAAAUGGCGUGGAACAGCAGCUCUUGGACACGAUCCUCAGGGUAAAGUUCUGGGAAUCUUGGGAAUGGGUGGUAUUGGGCGGAACUUGAAGAAAAAGGCCGAGGCGUUUGGCAUGAAGGUGAUCUACCAUAACCGUCGUCAGUUGAGUGAGGAGCUUUCUGGUGGAGCUCAGUAUGUGACAUUCGAUGAGUUACUCUCGACCAGUGAUGUGAUCAGCUUGAAUCUGCCGUUGAAUAAAAAUACUCGUCACAUCAUUAGCAAGGCUGAGUUUGCGAAGAUGAAGGAUGGUGUUGUUGUUGUGAACACUGCUCGUGGCGCUGUCAUUGAUGAGGCUGCCCUCGUUGAGGCCCUCGAUAGUGGCAAGGUUUUCUCUGCUGGUCUCGAUGUCUUCGAGGAAGAGCCCACGAUCCACCCGGGACUUUUGGACAACCAUAAGGUUGUCUUGGUUCCCCAUAUGGGUACAUGGACUAUUGAGACUAUUACCUCGAUGGAAGAGUGGACUAUUGAGAACAUUCGACUUGGCAUCGAGACGGGCAAGCUCAAGAGCCCCGUUGCAGAGCAGGCCGAUCUGUGA